AUGGCGAAAUCUCAAGAAGUUCCGAAAAAGAACAACGAAGACGACGACACUAUGGACGGUGAUGAAGAGCAGCACAACUGCCUCGCCAGGAUGAUGCUGUGGAUGCGCAUCAAUCCGAAUCUGAUCAUGUUGAAAGUGACACUCUUUGUGAUGUACGGGGCUACGGCCUCCCUGUUGCCCUAUCUGACUAUACACAUGCAAAGUAUAGGAUUGACUGUGCGUGAGAUCUCUUUCGUAUACUUAGCUCUGCCUUUCACGACCUUUCUGAGUCCACCAAUAACUGGGUUCUUGGUGGAUCGCUUUGGAGAAUACAAGCCGGUGGUGAUCACAGCGCUCAUUCUGAAUGCUGCCUUUCACCACUCGCUACUGCUGAUACCGCAUCAGGAGACCCCUGGGGUGAUGCCGUCUGCCUAUGUGAUGCGGCAUCCGAUCACGAACAGUGUCGAGAUAUGGUGGAGUCCAUGCCCUAGCAGGGAAUGCCCUGAUGAAGACGAGACUGUGGACUUUGUUUUGGAUCGAUGUGUGGACCACUGCAAACUGUCAAGACCUACAGAGAGUCCUGUCACAGAAGCCGCUGACAAUGACGAUAAAGACGACCUGGAUUUCCACAUCAGUCAUAAAAUACAACAACAUUUCCUCAAUGUCACCGAGGAUGAUGAAGAAGAUUUCAAUGACGCCGCUUUCUUUCUUAUAGAAGUUCACGAUGAUUUAGGGGAGCCGAAGGAACAACUUGGCAUUGAAAUGGAAAGAGAUGAAGAUGAUCCGGUAACAGACUUUAGAUCAAGGUUCGGGGAAAAAUUGUUGAUAGCACAAGGUGUAAACAUAACAGCUCUCGACAAGGAGGAUUUAAGAUGCGGAGGACUUGUUAUGCUGCAUAACAUGACGAAACUCUCCCAACAACGCUUAGAAAUAUUAUCAGCCGACUGUAUGGUACAGAAAUGUGAUUUCAGGAGAGGCGGACCGGACAUAUGCCCACCGGAUUAUAAGGAAAGUGAUGAUAAGACUUUCUACAUAUACUUUUUCCUGCGAUUUAUGGGUACCGUCAUGUUAUCCGCCGGUGUGACUAUUAUGGAUCCAAUUGCAUUGACAAUGAUACAAAAAUACGGGGGCGACUUCGGUAGGGAGCGAUUAUUUUCAAGUAUAGGAAUGGCUAUAUUUUCACCCAUCACUGGUAUGCUUAUAGAUAUGCAAAGCAAACAAGCCGGUCACACAGACUAUUCAGCUGCGUUCUACACUUACGAUGUGUUACUUCUGAUAUCCGCGAUAACUGUGGCCGUGAUGCCUCUUGGUGCCAAGCUGCCAGCGGACAACUUAAUAAGGGAUUUGGUCAAUAUCAUCAAGAUGCCGCAUAUAAUCAUUUUUAUAUUCUUCCUGUUUGCUUUGGGCAACUUUUGGGGAUUCAUUGAGUCCUAUUUAUUUAUCUAUUUAAAGGAAUUAGGUGCGCCAAACUUUUUGUUAGGUAUAACCGUGACGGUGGGCACACUGAGCAGCAUUCCGUUCCUGUAUGGCGCGGACGCCAUCACGGCGCGCAUCGGCCACGUCAACGUCAUUAUCGUCGCGUUCUUCUCCCACGCCGCCAGGCUCGUCGGCUACUCUUUCAUCGAGAACUCCUGGUGGUGUUUCCCGUUUGAGGCGAUGGAGUCUCUGUCAGUGCAUCUGAUGUGGGUGGCCGCGGCGACGUACUGCGCGAUGCUGGCACCCAAGAGCUUGCUCGCUACCCUUAUAGGAGUGCUGGGCAUGGCACACUUCAGUCUUGGCAGAGGCAGCGGCAGCUUCGGCGGAGGUCUCCUCAUCGCCUCCUUCGGGACCAGGGAGGCGUUCCGAUACAUGGGGCUGAUCGCCUUCCUGGGUGGGGUCUCCUACGGUCUCCUGCAUUACUUCUGGCUGAGGAACAUCAACAUGUCCACUAUGUCCGAAACGUGCGACCAGGAUACCGAAAGUGCCGAAGGAGACAAACUGAACAACGAACCUCUUCGUAAGGACGCUGAGACGAUGAUAUCUCUAGAGAGAUUGCACAUGAUCACCAGGUUCAACCCGCUGGGGUCCCUGCACUCGCUGCCGAGAGGAUCGCGGUCCAGGUUUUCCCAGGGCGACAUCAACGAGCCGAGGAGCCGCAGCGGCAGCAACUGCCACCGGCGCGGCAGCAACUACGAGGGCUCCGCGUCUAAGGUCGACCUCCUCAAAUCCGCUCUGGAGAUCGGCCACCAGAACACCAAGAGCCACAUCUCCAACCCCGUGCUAUCGUUCUCGAGACCUGCCAAUCAUUAUAAGCAAGCUCAAAGUGCACCAAAGCUGAUGCUAUUUGGUCUCACACAGAGGAACAACAUAUCGCAGCCGGCCCUCUCCGAGUUCGACCCGAGGAGGCGGGAUUCGAUCCCAGAGGAGGCUGAGGAGGACCGGCUGGCGCAGCAAGCGAAGCCACCUUCUAAGAAAACCAAGAGCGACAAUCUACCGCCGCCACCGACGUACGCGGAGGCAAUCAGCGAGAACAGGAAAAGUUGGCAUUCCGAUGACAGCACGCCAACUUAG